AUGGAUCAUGACUGGCAGGGCAGCAGGAGAAGUGGCCACCGCAGCAAACACAAUGAAGAUGAGGAGGAGUCUGUCUACAUCGGUGUUCCUGUGCCCCGGAGCUACAGAAGGAAACGCAGACAUCGCAAACACACGUCACGACAUUCCCACGAUCGCGAUAAACACCACAGUCGGCAUGAACAAGCAGAUCCAGAGGAAAACUGCGACCCUGAGGAGGCCGAGCAGGAGAACGAGCUGUCAGACGUCAACUCUACCGUGUCUCCUGCUGCAGAGCGACUGCGUCACAUCCUUAGGGAAGAUGACGAACCCACACCUACGCUCUUCACUGAGAUGGACACACUGCAGCAUGAGGGAGGAGAGAUGGAGUGGAAAGAGUCUGCCAGGUGGGUGAAGUUUGAGGAGAAGGUGGAGGAGGGUGGAGAGCGCUGGAGUAAGCCGCACGUCUCCACACUGUCUCUGCACAGCCUGUUUGAGCUGCGCACCUGCCUGCAGACCGGCUGCAUCCUGCUGGACUUGGACGGAUACUCACUGCCGCAGAUCGUCGACGACAUCAUUGAGAAACAGGUUCAGGAGGGUCUCAUAGCUCCAGAGAUCCGGGAGAAGGUCAGUUUCGUGCUUUUGCGGAAACAUCGUCACCAAACCAAGAAGCCGAUCCACCGCUCGCUGGCGGACAUCGGGAAGCCCAGUCCAUCCAACCGCAGUCCGAGUCCGAGCCCAAGUGCCCGCUCUGGGUCGGGUUUUCACCGCUCCACGGAGGACCUGCGGGCGCGCCAGAGCGCCGGCCUCGGGAAACUGCAUCCUUCUCAGUGCCGCAGUAUGAAUGAUAUUUCCGUCACACCCAGCAGUGACCAGCUGAAGAAUAAGUUCAUGAAGAAGAUCCCCAGAGAUGCAGAGGCGUCCAAUGUGCUCAUCGGAGAGGUGGAUUUCCUAGACAAGCCCUUCGUGGCGUUUGUUCGUCUGGCUCAAGCCGCUACGCUUGGAGGCCUUACUGAAGUGCCAGUGCCAACCAGGUUUCUCUUUGUGCUCCUCGGUCCCAGCGGCAAAACCAAGUCCUACAAUGAGAUUGGACGGGCGAUGGCUACGCUCAUGGUGGACGAUCUGUUCAGUGACGUGGCCUAUAAAGCCAGAGAUCGAGAGGAUUUGAUCGCCGGGAUCGAUGAGUUUCUGGAUGAGGUGAUCGUUCUUCCUCCGGGCGAAUGGGACCCCAAGAUCCGCAUCGAACCCCCCAAAAAACUGCCUUCAGCAGAGAUGAGGAAGUCCGUGUUUUCUCUGAAUGAGCUCGGUCAGCCGAAUGGAAACGCCGGCGGAGGAUCAGCGUCUGCAGAGGAUGAGGAGAUGCCGGCUCCACAUGAGCUGGGAGAGGAGCUGAAGUUCACCGGCCGGUUCUGUGGAGGACUCUGGCUGGACAUCAAGCGGAAAGCUCCCUGGUUUUUCAGCGAUUUCUAUGAAGGUUUCCACAUCCAGUCGGUGUCCGCGGUGCUCUUCAUCUACCUUGGCUGCAUCACCAACGCCAUCACCUUUGGGGGACUGCUGGGGGACGCCACCGACAACUACCAGGGUGUGAUGGAGAGUUUUCUGGGCACCGCGUUGGCUGGUGCUGUUUUCUGCAUGUUCGGUGGGCAGCCGCUCAUCAUCCUCAGCUCUACAGGACCCAUCCUUAUAUUCGAGAAACUGCUGUAUGAGUUCAGCAUAAACAACAACAUAGACUACAUGGAGAUCCGUCUGUGGAUCGGUCUGCACUCCUGCCUGCAGUGUCUGAUUCUGGUGGCCACAGAUGCGAGUUAUAUCAUCAAAUACAUGACACGCUUCACAGAAGAGGGCUUCUCCAGUCUAAUCUCCUUCAUCUUCAUCUCUGACGCCCUUAAGAAGAUGAUGAGCACCUUCAGCUAUUACCCCAUCAGCCCAGACUUCAAGCCUGACCUCAUCAUCAGCUACAGGUGUGACUGCCAGCUUCCGGACCAGGUUUCUCCACUGAACAGCACGUCUCCGCUCGCUCUAGAGAACAUCUCAGACUACUCGAUGUUCAACUUCUCAGCUCUGGACUGGACUCAGAUCAGUAAAAAGGAGUGUCUGAGGCUCGGCGGCUCGCUGGUGGGCAAAUCCUGCAAAUAUGUGCCGGACCUGGCCAUGCUGUCCUUCAUCCUGUUCUUCGGCACUUACUCCAUGACCAUCUCGCUCAAGAAGUUCAAGGCUAGCAGAUAUUUCCCUACAAAGUGCCGUGCGCUGAUAGCAGAUUUUGCCAUCAUCAUCUCCAUCCUGGUGUUCUGUGCAGCGGAUUAUGUGAUGGCGCUGGAUACGCCCAAACUGCAUGUUCCCACCCAGAUCAAGCCGACACGUCCUGACCGUGGCUGGAUCGUGAUGCCGAUGGGCAGGAACCCAUGGUGGAUGUGUUUGGCCAGUUUUGUUCCUGCUCUGCUGGUCACCAUCCUCAUUUUCAUGGAUCAGCAGAUCACCGCCGUCAUCGUCAACCGCAAGGAGAACAAACUCAAGAAAGGCUGUGGUUAUCAUCUGGACCUGUUCUGGGUUGGCGUCCUCAUGGCCGUCUGCUCCUUUAUGGGUUUACCAUGGUACGUGGCAGCAACGGUGAUUUCCAUCGCACACAUCGACUCUCUGAAGAUGGAGAGCGAGUCCAGCGCUCCAGGGGAACAGCCGCAGUUCCUGGGAGUGCGAGAACAGAGACUCACAGGAACUCUAGUGUUCGUCCUCACCGGAGUAUCCGUCUUCAUGGCGCCCAUUCUGCAGUUCAUCCCGAUGCCUGUGCUGUAUGGAGUAUUCCUCUACAUGGGCGUUGCUUCUCUUCAUGGCAUUCAGUUUUGGGAGAGGAUUAAGCUGUACCUGAUGCCUGCCAAACACCAGCCAGAUUUUGUGUUUCUGCGGCACGUCCCGCUGCGACGCGUUCACCUGUUCACCCUGCUGCAGAUCAUCUGUCUGGCUGUGCUCUGGAUACUCAAGUCCACCGUCGCCGCCAUCGUCUUCCCUGUCAUGAUCCUGGGCCUGAUGGUGGUGAGGAAAGCUCUGGAUCUGAUCUUCUCUCAGCAUGACCUGGCCUGGCUGGACGACAUUCUGCCCGAUAAAGACAAGAAGAAGAAAGAAGACGAGAAGAAGAAGAAGAAAAGCAAGACGGAUGAGCACAACAGUGAUGAGGAGUGUGUGUGUGCUGUAGACUCCUCCUCCCUGAAGAUUCCUCUGGAGCUUCUCAACCCUUCAUCAAACCCUCCUCAUGCUUCACACACACCCUCGGAGCAGAACACACACCAGUGAGCGUCUCCAUCAGCUGAACACUUAAAGGGGCAGUUCACACUCAAAUCCACAUGCGCUCAUUAUUCACUCACUUCUAACAGACCCGUUUGACUUUCUGUUGAACACAGAGGAAGAU